AUGAACUUUGAGGACUAUGAAACCCUUCCGACCCAGAGCUCCAUCACACACAUGACCGCCGGAGCGAUCGCGGGGGUGAUGGAGCAUUGCGUAAUGUACCCUCUGGACUCCGUGAAGACGCGGAUGCAGUCGCUGCGGUCGGCGCACAACGGUAGCAUCGCGGAGACCUUCCGCUACAUGGUGCAGCGCGAGGGACUCCUCAGGCCUAUCCGCGGCAUGUCGGCGGUGGUGAUGGGCGCGGGCCCGGCGCACGCCUGCUUCUUCGCCACCUACGAGCAGUGCAAACACACGCUCUCACAUCUCACCAGGCAUCGGCACGACCACAUCACACACGGUUUGUCAGGCUGCAUAGCGUCGCUGGUCCACGACGCCGUUUCAAAUCCCGCUGAAGUAGUGAAGCAGCGGCUACAGAUGCUGAACUCGCCGUACCGCGGCGUGUGGGAGUGCGCGCGGCACGUGUACCGCGCGGAGGGCUUGCGCGCCUUCUACCGCUCGUACGGCACACAGGUCGCCAUGAACGUGCCCUUCCAGGCGCUGCACUUCGUGACGUACGAGUGGUGCCAGUCGCGGCUGAACCCGCGGCGCACGUACGAGCCGCGCGCACACCUGGCGUCAGGCGCGCUGGCGGGCGCUCUGGCCGCCGCCGUCACCACGCCGCUGGACGUGUGCAAGACCGUGCUCAACACGCAGGAGGCGGCCGGCGCCGAGGGGCUGGCGGCGGCCGCGGCGCUGGUGCUGCGCGCCGGCGGCCCGCUCGCCUUCUUCCGCGGCGUGCACGCGCGCGUGCUCUACCAGAUGCCCGCCGCCGCCAUCUGCUGGCUCACCUACGAGACGCUCAAGCACGCCAUUACCACGUUCGGCUUGAACAACGAGGACAGCAGUAGCAGUUCGAACUCGAGCUCGAGCCCCGGUGCGUCGAGCUCGAGCACGGCGGGCGGGCCGCUGGCCUGCGCCGCGCUGCGCCUUGCCGCCGCCGACGUGCCCUCCUCGCUCACGCGCUCA